AGGGUGCUGCGAGAUACAGACAAGGGCUAGCGCUGUCACUGUGUGACCCCGACCGAGAGGAGGAGGAGGAGAAGGAGGAGGGACUUACACGGAAAACAAGCAGAAAAUCUGGCAGAGGCGACAGUGAGCAAGCGGCUAGCAAUGGAGAGAUACGAGUGAAUGGUAAAAGGGCUGAAUCGUGCAGUCGCGGGAGCAUGAUCACAUGGACAGAGCCCAGCAUGCACCAAGUCUCUGUUAGUAAUCUUUCAAAUCUGACGCAAAAGGGGUGGACUCAACCCAAGAGCGGAAACAAAGGCGCUUUGGUUUGAACAAAAUACAUCUGUAAAGAAGGGGGAUAAUUGGUCCCUCAGUAUGAGUCGAGAUGGAUGGAGAAAGAAAGCCAGUGAAGAUGAUGGGUGGGGAGGACGGGGCGGUUACAUGGCUGCAAAAAUCUCUAAGCUUGAGGAGCAGUUUCAGAAGGAUGCCCCGAGAGAGAAGCAGAAAGAUGGAACGUCCUCCUGUAUCUUCAGCGGUGUGGCUAUCUACGUCAAUGGAUACACAGAUCCCAGUGCGGAUGAGCUGCGCAGACUGAUGAUGCUGCAUGGUGGACAGUUCCAUCUCUACUACACUCGCUCCAAAACCACACAUAUCAUUGCCACCAACCUCCCCAACAGAAAAAUACAAGAUCUCAAGGGAGAGAAAGUAGUGCGGCCAGAGUGGAUCACAGACAGUAUAAAAGCAGGCCGUCAACUUUCAUACGUCCAGUAUCAGCUCUAUACGAAGCAAAAAGGCUUGAACUAUUCCAGUGUUUGUGCUCGAGGAAAGCAGGAUCCGUCAUCUAUCCAUGAACCAUCCAAACCCAGUCUAAACCACCUCCAGUCAGACAGCAUCAAGCCUCAGCCCAGCCACACGCAAACCCUCUCUACAGAAGUUCUCAAAUCCACUCACGCUAACCACAAAGCUAACUUCACUGAGCGAAGCAAUCAUCAGCUAGACGUCAGAUUAAAUGGUUCCUGUAGUAUAAUCUCUGAAGAGGAUGCAGAGAGGCCUAGAGUUAAUGGGAUUCAUGAUGGAGAUGAUGAUGAUGUUGAUGACAACGCCUGUGCCCUUUUGCCAAGAGGCUCACAAGACACUUUGUUAACUAACGGUUAUGUACACCCUGUGAAUGCUGCCUUAAAGCCUCAGGACUCUUUUGCAGAACUUCAGCUUCAUGUUGUUGACACAGGGUCCCAUCAGUCUCACCUCCCACAGACUGAAAGCAGGGAUAGGGAGGAGCCCAGCUGCUCUUCUUCUGGGUCAAAAGCAAAUUCCCACCAGAGGUCCUUAAUAUCCACUGCCAGUCCUGCAAAGCAGCCUGGUCUUCACAGUAUGCAAAAAGACCUCCAUCCGAAACCAACAUCUAAUCCAGGAACUUCAGCUGCUCCUCAAAAGGGGAAUCUGCAUGAUCAGACAAGAGUUCGACUAAAUGGGAGCUACCACAUGACCCCUAACUCCUCCACUCUUGCAGACUCUAGUAAUCCGCCAGGAAGGUCGGCCGCGGGAGCAGAAGCUGGAAUCAUAUCCGAGUUCUUUUCUCGCUCAAGGCUGCAUCAUAUUUCUACGUGGCGGAAUGAGUUUUCAGAGUAUGUGAACGCCCUUCAGAGUAGGAGUCGAGCUGCAGGAGGAGCUGUUUUCUCUGGACAAGAGAAACUGAAGAAGCUCAGAGCUAACUGCAGUUCAGGUUCCUUAAUGGCUGCUCCUCAGGUGCGUCAGUCCUGCAUUCUUCAUGUGGAUAUGGACUGCUUCUUUGUGUCCGUGGGGGUCAGACACCGACCAGAUCUCAAAGGGAAACCGGUUGCUGUGACAAGUAACCGCGGUCCAGGCCGUGUUGCACAGCGACCUGGUGCAAAUCCUCAGCUCGAGUUUCAGUACUACCAGAGGAAACAGCAACAGUACCGAAAAGAGAAAACAGACGGGGAUCUCGAGAUGACCCCAUCUCCACAAUGUGAUGAAGUUCCCAGUAAUGGAGUGGAUUUGGACCUGGCAGCCCUUUCUAUGGCAGAGAUUGCAUCUUGCAGUUACGAGGCCAGGCAGGCUGGUGUGCGAAACGGCAUGUUCUUUGGCCGGGCUAAGCAGCUCUGUCCUGAUCUACAGUCUGUCCCAUAUGACUUCCAGGCAUAUAAAGAGGUGGCACUGUCCAUGUAUGAGACCCUGGCCAGUUACACUCAUAACAUUGAGGCACUGAGUUGUGACGAGGCUCUGGUAGAUGCCACGAAUCUUCUGGUUGAGCUGGGGGUUACUUCUGAUGAUCUGGCACGAGCCAUCCGUGAAGACAUAAAGGAGAAGACUGGUUGCACUGCCUCAGUUGGAAUGGGUUCCAACAUCCUUCUUGCUCGGAUGGCAACUCGUAAGGCAAAACCAAAUGGUCAGUACUUCCUCAGAUCAGAGGAAGUGGAUGAUUUUAUCAGGGGUCAACCAGUCUCCAGUUUGCCUGGUGUGGGUCGCUCAAUGAGCUCCAAGCUGACCUCCCUGGGUGUGAGUACCUGCGGUGACCUGCAGCAGUUGUCCAUUUCUCGACUGCAGAGGGAGUUUGGGCCACGGACAGGACAGACGCUUUUUCGCUUUUGCAGAGGACUGGAUGACAGACCUGUGCGCAGCGAGAAGGAGAGGAAGUCUGUGUCUGCUGAGAUGAACUACAACAUUCGGUUCACACAGGUUGAAGAGGCGGAGUCUUUCCUUACGAACCUAUCUAUGGAAGUGCAGAAGAGGAUGGAGGGGGCAGGGCUUAGAGGUCGCCGGAUUACUCUGAAGGUCAUGAUGCGGAAACCAGGGGCUCCAGUAGAGCCAGCCAAAUAUGGUGGCCAUGGGAUAUGUGACAACUUUGCCAGGUCAGUUUUACUAGCUCAGCCCACUGACAGUGGUCAGCUGAUUGCAGCAGAGGCCAUUAAGCUAUUCUAUGCAAUGAAGCUGGAUGUAAAGGACAUGAGGGGAGUGGGACUGCAGGUGCAGCAGUUGGAGGGAUCAUAUGCAGACCCAUCAGGACAAGGGCCCUCUCGUGGUCGCUCGAUCAAAGACCUGCUGCUGGCCAAACAGCCUGCCCACAGCCCCAGGAAAGACCCUCCAGCACAAGAUGGUUUAACUGGCCCUUCUUCAUCCAGAGCUUUCUCCUCCAAUCAGGAGAGAGUUACCCCUCCAUCAUCACCACCUUCCACCAGCUCAGAUCCAAUGCCAGGAACAAGUAAAGGAGGUCUUCACCAUCCACACACCCCCAACCAUGUCAGGACAUACCUAAACGUCAGCAUUGAGGUGCCAUCCCCCUCUCAGGUGGACCAGUCUGUUUUAGAGGCUUUACCUGUAGACAUAAGGAAACAGGUGGAGCAGUCCUGGAGACACAGAGAGGAGCAGCCCAGCACCUCAUCUCAUCUCUCAACCCCACCUCGAACCUCCUCAUCUCCACCUCCAGGUCCAUCGCUUGGCACCCUUGUACUGCAGCUCCAAAACCAGCCAGGUCAACCGUGCACAACGGGCAUUAUACUAGAGCUCCCUGAUGUCUCCCAGGUUGACCCAGAAGUGUUUGCAGCUCUUCCCAGAGAGCUUCAGGACGAGCUGUGCUCUGCUUAUAGAAACAAGGGAAAUGCUCAAGCUCAAGGCAUUACUGUGGGAAAAAAAACCCCAUUUCCUCAACUAAAGCAGCCUGCAGUGGGGAAAUUGAAGCGCCGUUACAAAAAGAGAAAUGCUAGUCCUGCCAAAAAGGGUCCAAGUCCACUAAAAAAACUAUUUCCUGGAAACAGCCCUGCCAAAUCCAGCCCCUCCAAAACACUUCCUCUGCCACUCAAACAUCCAGGCCUCAAAACUGAAAAUGUACAGUGCCCAUCUUCUCCAAGCACGGAUGUCCCAGAGACGCUGUCCAAAUUUAAUCCCCGCCCAGUUCCAACCCUAGCUGGAGCUUAUGAAUUCAGUGACAUCAGAACUCUGCUUCGUGAAUGGGUCACCUCCAUCUCAGAACCAAUGGAAGAGGACAUUCUCCAGGUAGUGAAGUACUGCACAGAACUUGUGGAAGAUAAAGACCUGGAGAAACUCUACCUUGUCAUCAAAUACAUGAAGAGACUUAUGCAGCAGUCCUCAGAGUCAGUAUGGAGCAUGGCCUUUGACUUCAUCCUUGACAAUGUGCAGGUAGUGGUACAACAAACCUAUGGUAGCACUCUAAAGAUCACAUAGGAGGACCGUCCUAACCUCAGUCACUGUGACAUCAGCCCAGACCUGCCACCUCAUCAUGACGUGUGAGAGAGACAACCAAACCACUCGAGUCUGCCAAUCAUUGUAGCACUGCUUGUCCUCUUGUGAAAUCACCGAUUUGAGCUUCUCAGAGAACACAGAGGAUUACAAGAUCAUGCCAGUGAUGAUGAGGAACAGAUGAGCACACCAGCUACAUUCAGAAGCAGCUGAACACUGAACUUUUCUUUCAUCAUGAUGUCAAUUCUCCAGACUAAUGUCUAGAGGUAUUUUGGUAACACUUUUCAAUCAGGUUGUGUUUGUUAACUUUAGUUAAUGCGUUAAGUGUCAUGAACGAACAAUGACUAAUUUUUGACAGCAUUUAUUAAUCUUGGUUAUUGUUAAUUCAUACAUGUACUAUUUUGCUAGUUCUUAGUUAUUAAUGCAUUAACCAGUAGUAACAUACAGUACAUUUGAAAUCUUUAAAGAUGUAAAAAUGAACAUUUUACAGCACUUAUUAAUCUUGGUUAAAGCAUUAUUGUUUUUUAGUUUACGUUAACUAAUAUUAACAUAUACAACCUGGUCAUAAAAUGUUACCAGAACUCUUUUGAAUGUUUUAAAUGCACUGACUGUCCUGAACCAAGCAAAGCCAGCCUCUUUGCUUUCUUAGCUUUUUGGAUUUUUUUUUUCUUUCUUGUCUUCAUUUCUCGUACUCCAGAAUGUGUGUUAAUCUUAAAAGCCUCAGAAAUAUUUACAGACUUUGUAGCAAAGCAGAAUAGAGUGGCAUGUUAUUUGCCUUUUAUGGGUCAGUCCGAGAUGUUAAAAGUGCAAAUCGGAAAAACAACCCCUUCUAUCAAAGUCAGUUUAGCAUGUGAAUACUAACAUUUUAUGUAAAGCUAACAUUUAUGUUUUUCUAGAAAAAUAUUACUCCCUCUUAUUGAUUGUUUCUUAUUGUAUGUUUGUCCGUAUGUGUAAAAGAGCUAUGAGAGAGAGAUACAUAUUUAUAAAAAAAGAAAUUAAAACAUUGGCCAGGUUAAUUUUACUAAAUUGAGUUUUCAAAUGUCCUGUCGUGCUUCUCAGUCUUUUAUUCUAAAUUUGUGUAUGUGGUGCUGGAGGAAAGGAAGGGUUUUUCAAUCAGGUGGAUGUGAACUGCAUAAUAGGUCAAAGUGGAUACUUCAUUACAACAUUCUAAAUGAAGCAUUUUCCUCUCAAUUCUUGUUCAGUGUAGGUCUGGCUUUAUGUGUAUACAGAAUGUACUUGACUCCUCAAAGUUUGUACUUUCUUGGUUUUAAGAAGCUGCUCAAGAGGCAGACAUCUGUUAUUAUCUCACAUUAUCAUGACAUUACGGAGAGGAAGGCCUAAACAUUUAUAUUUGGUCAAAAAUCUGUCAUGACAGAAUGACCCGUGCCUGAAGACCUGAAGCUGUGACAUAAUUUGUAUGUUUUCUAAAUUUGCAAAUAAAUUUGGAUAAGUGAUACUA